CGGGUGAGAGCCUGUUGACCAGGGCUCCUCCCUUGGGCCCCAGUCGGGUCAAGCCUGAAGAAGCGAGGUGGGACCACCCUCCAGUGGGCUCUUCACCUGCAGGACAGCUCAGAAGGGGCCAAUGCAAUGUGGAUGGCAGUCGAAGACGAGAAGCCUGCUGUGGUGGAGCGUCUGCCAGCAGCUCUGCUGCCUCAUGCAGGGGAGGAGUCAUCCCAGGGAAGGGGCUCAGCUGCAGCCAGCCUGCCUGCAGCCAGUCCGUUCCGCCUGUCAGCAUGGAGGAGUCGCACGGUGGAUUUCUGAUGGUGCUGCUUCUGCUGCAGACCGGCUCUCUCCACUCCGUCUACAUCACAGACAGCACAGGUUCUCUCCAUCAGGUUCUAUCAGAGUUCGACAUCAUUCAUCCAAUCAGAACCACCUCAGAGGGCAAUUUCCUGUCAAGGGCAGUCUCCGCCCACCAUCUGCACCGCAGUAAGAGACAUGUCUCCCUCUCAAGUAAAACAUCCAUACCCAAGACAAUCCCGAAGAGCAAUUGGAAGGACAUACCACCAUUAUUAGAGCAGACUCCACCAACUCGGGGGUGGAGUCAGGAGAUAUUCUACAACGUGACUGUGUUUGGCCAGGAACUCCACCUGAAGCUCCACCCCAACACUCGCCUUUUCACCCCCACUGCCACCCUGGAAUGGGAGGAGUCAGGGAAUGUUCAGUCUGAGCCUAUCAGAGCGUCUGACUGCUUCUACACAGGAACAGUGUUGGGCUUGGAGGAUUCGUCUGUGGCUAUCAGCAACUGUGAUGGUCUGGCAGGAAUGAUCCGAACAGAAGAAGACGAGUUUUUCAUCGAACCACUGGAUCAGCAGAGGCCAGGAAAGGAGGAAGAGGAGGAAGAGGAGGAAGGAGGGCGGCAGCAUGUCAUUUAUCGGUCCUCUGCCAUCAUCAAGCAACCAUCAUCUGUCAAUCAAACCACUGAAGACUACCUCCGAGCAGGUCCUCUUUUAGGAUCCCUGAACUUCUCCCAGAUGGGGAACUCCUCUGGAGCUGGUUUCAGACGUCGGCGGCGAGACACUCAGGCUGAACUGUUCAGCAUUGAGGUGCUACUGGCGGUGGAUUAUUCGGUGCUUCUCUUCCACGGCCGAGACCACAUCCAGAAAUACCUGCUGACCUUCAUGAACAUUGUUAAUGAGAUCUAUCGGGACCGUUCUCUGGGAGCCAACAUCAACAUUGUCCUGGUCAGAAUCAUCAUGUUGUCCCCCACAAAGUCUCAGGAGCUGAUCUCUGUGGGGAACGCCCAGAAGAGUCUGGAGAACAUCUGUGGAUGGUCGUACCUCCAGCACCGGGAGCAGAGCCAUGCCGAGCAGCACGACCACACCAUCUACCUGAGCAGGCAGGAGUUUGGGCCCCCUGGCAUGCAGGGUUACGCUCCAGUUACAGGGAUGUGCCGGCUGUACCGCAGCUGCGUUCUGGUGCUGGAGGACGGCUUCUCCUCAGCGUUUGUGGCGGCGCAUGAAACAGGACACGUGUUGGGCAUGGAGCAUGAUGGCGAGGCCAACGACUGCGCUGACGACGUGCCUUUGGGCAGCAUCAUGUCUCCGCGGGUUCAGGCCAGCUUCUACCGGUACCACUGGUCCAGAUGCAGCUGGAUGGAGCUGCACAAGUACCUGCACACCUACGACUGUCUCCGUGACGACCCGUUCAACCAUGACUGGCCGGCUCAGCCGCCGCUACCGGGCUUCCAGUACUCCUUGGACCAGCAGUGCCGCUCCGACUUUGGCCCGGGAUACAGCCUGUGCACGGCAUACAUGACCCAUGACCCCUGCAAACAGCUGUGGUGCAGCGACUACAACAACCCUUUCUUCUGCAAGACCAAGAAAGGCCCACCACUGGAUGGAACCAAGUGUGGACCUGGGAAGCACUGUUUCAGAGGCUUCUGCAUGAAGCUGACCCCCAGCCUCCUCAGACAGGAUGGUGCCUGGGGGCCAUGGAGCGCAUUUGAUAGCUGCUCCCGCACAUGUGGCGGCGGCGUCCGGUUCCGGACCAGACGAUGCGAUAACCCUCUUCCAGCCAACGGUGGGCGCACCUGCUUUGGAAACAGCUACGAGUUCCAGCUGUGCAACCAGGAAGCCUGCGAGGCUCUGACAGAUUUCAGGGAGGAUCAGUGUAAAGUCUGGAACCCAUUCUUUGAGCAUGGCGGACAGAAGCAUCAGUGGCUGCCGUACCAGCAUCCUGAGCCCGAGCAGCGCUGCCAUCUGUACUGUCAGUCCAACCAGACUGGGGCUGUGGUGUCCAUGAACAGAAUGGUGCAUGAUGGGACACGGUGUUCGUACCAGGACAGCCACAGUGUGUGCGUCAGAGGAGAGUGUGAGCAUGUGGGCUGUGAUGGACAGAUCGCCUCAGACCAGGAGGAAGAUCGCUGUGGAGUCUGUGGAGGAGACAACUCCAGCUGUAAGGUCAUCAAAGGGAACUUCACCCGCAGCACCAGAAAACAAGGUUACCUGAAGAUCCUGGAGAUCCCCAAAGGAGCGCGACAUCUUCUGAUCCAGGAGUUCAGAGGGACUCCACAUGUCCUGUCUCUUAAGAACCUGGAGACAGGUCACUUCUUUCUGAACAAUGAAGCUGAGCUUCCCGAAUCCCGAGUGGUGAUUGAGAGGGGGGUGCUGUGGGAGUACAACAACACCGCAGAGAAGGAGACAGUUCGGAGUUUGGGGCCGUUGAAGUACGGGGUUCUGCUCAUGGUUCGCUCCCAUGGCGAUUCCAAGGUGACAGUGUCCUACAAGUACAUCAUCCAGAACCACCUUCGGUCCUCGCUGGACUCCAACUUGCUGCAGGAGGACACCAUCUUCUAUGAGUGGGCACUGAAGAAGUGGUCUCACUGUUCCAAACCCUGUGGGGGAGGAAAACAAUACACCAGAUUCGGCUGCAGGAGGAAAGCUGACGGGCUCAUGGUGCAGAGGAUGUUUUGCUCCCACAUCAGCAAACCCAGAGCCAUCAGCCGCACAUGCAACACCGAGAGGUGCCAGCCGCCGCGCUGGGUGACGGGGGACUGGGGGGAAUGCAGCGCCUCCUGUGGUCAGACGGGGUGGAGGCGGCGUUUGGUGAGCUGCCAGCAGAAGUCGAGCAGAGGGCAGCAGCAGCGCUCUGUGCACAGCAAGCUGUGCGGGGAUGAGCAACCAGAACCCAAGCAGACCUGCAACCGGAUCCCCUGCCCUGCUGUGUGGAGAACCGGGCCCUGGACUACGUGUUCGGUCUCUUGUGGAAAUGGCACCCAAGAACGACAGGUUGCAUGUCUGAAUCCCGAAGGUUCCGCUGGAAACUGCAGUCAGCCUGAACCAAUCACAUGGCGGCCCUGUCAGAACCCGCCCUGCAAGGGCAACCAGAAAAACUCCAUCAUCCAAUGGGUCCAGUCUAACCCAAACCUGCUGACGCCACAGAUGACCUCCAGGCAGCGUUGCCAUGGUGAUCGCUCUGCCUUCUGUCGUAUGGAAGUGUUGAGUCGGUACUGCGCCAUCCCCGGAUACCGGCAGAUGUGCUGCAAGUCCUGCAGCGACAGAAGCUCUGCCCCCAGCAACAGAAGCUCCUCCCCCAGCAUCAGCACAGAGUCUCCACCUGGCAGCAGCAGGUUGUGGAGAGGGACCACAGACACUGUGACGUCUGUUACCCAGCUUGUGACGGUUAGCAGCGAUGUCAUCACCACACCAACUCCCACUGUGGGUGUACACCCGCCUCCCUCCAGGGGGAGCACCCCGGACUUUGUCUAUGUGGAGUACGAGGAUUACGAGGCGUCCUCUUCAGAUGAGAAUUUGUCCCACUCGAUUGAGAUUCCUGACAUUCCUCCCACAUCCAUUGCAGCAGCGAGGACAAUGGCGCCGCAUCAACCCUUCAGGACCAACACGCCGCUUGUGCCUCCCGUUUCCUCACUAACAGUGACAGUUUCUGAAAACCCAGUGGUGGCGGCGGUCAGCACGCCUCCAGUCGUCCUCAGCACCACUACUGCAGCAAAGGGGCAGCCACUCCAGAACAUAAACUUUACAGAACCAGAACCUGCCAGGUCCAUCUCCAAGAAGGACAACAACUCUAUGAAUGAAGUCUGGUACCAGGUGGUAGGAGUGGACAGCAGAAGAGGAGCUGGAGACCAGCAGAACUCCUUUGCAAGGCAGAUGCCUCUGCUCCACGAGCGAACACACAACAAACGGAUCCAGCAGCUCCUCAGGGAGAAACGGCUGCGGGGCUUUGUGGGCAGGCUGAACUGGACCAGAGUCAACAGGAAACCCUGACCCUGGUGGUACCUGCUGGCAAACUUUGAAAGAUGCCACUCUUCUGUAUCUCCUGACUGCCAGCUGCCCCAAACCAUGCCCACUUCUCUCUUCAGUGCAGCACAUUUUCAUUGUUAGGAGCCAACCACUUCAGUUAUGAACUCAAACCACUAACCUGAUGCAGAACACGAGGACACGGGUCCACAGAACCACAGAAAAGCUAUGACGGGUCAAACUCUAGGUCGGCUCCAGUUCUUCCAGCUGGCAUAUCUGCACCCAAAAAGCCUGCUUUUAAAUAAAGUCUGGUACAACUGUUGAUCUGGUUCUGAAUUACAGGACAGUUUUUUAACUUCCUGUCUGAAUCCUACCUGCAAGUGCAGAUUCUGGAGUUCUUACUAACCCCUGGGACUGGUAGCAGAUGUCAGUCCCACCUCACUGCAUGUUAAACUCCAUCUUUACACCCAAAAUAAACACAUGUGUAGCCUAACUCAAGCAACUAUUUCAUCUCUGCAGGUGGAUUUUGUUGCCAUAACUGUAUGAGGGAAUAUUACAUCUGCUUUUAAUAAAUUAUGUGAUACUUUUUUGCAAAUGA